UUGCGCCUCCGCUCACAUCCGCUUGACCUGCUAUUAGUGUUGGGGAAAAAGGACUUUGAGAAACUGUGGCGAUGUCAGUCCAGGUUGUGGCAGCGAAAAUGGCAGAGGUCGAGCUCAAAGACGUCUCCACCGGCAAAGCCCUGUCGGUUGAGUCCCCGGUGACACCCCCGUCGGAAGACAAAACCGUUGCCAGAAACGAGCCGCACGAGGCUGGCUCCUCCGCUGCUACGUCCCUCACCGCGGAGCCCUCCGCGAAAGCCGGCGAAGGCAGCCGAGGCUUGCUCACCCCCAACGCCGCUAAGAUGCCUCAAGCAUCGGCUCUGAAGCAUUCGGACCCACAGCAGAACGGCGGGGAGGCUUUCGUGAACCGCGACGGGACCGUUGCUGAAGCCCCGCGGAUGAAGAAGAUCCAGUUUGCUGACCAGAAACAGGAGUUCAACAAGCGACCCUCCAAGAUCGGCCGGCGCUCUCUGUCCCGCUCCAUCUCCCAGUCCUCCACAGACAGCUACAGCUCAGCGGCGUCGUACACAGACAGCUCUGAUGAUGAGACAUCUCCUCGAGACAAACAACAGAAAAACUCCAAAGGAAACGGAGAUUUCUGUAUCAAAAACAUCAAACAGGCCGACUUCGGGCGCAGAGAGAUUGAGAUUGCUGAACAAGAGAUGCCAGCUCUUAUGGCUCUGAGGAAGCGAGCUCAGGGGGAGAAACCCCUAGCUGGUGCCAAGGUGGUGGGCUGCACUCACAUCACCGCCCAGACGGCUGUUCUAAUGGAGACUCUGUCAGCUCUGGGGGCUCAGUGCAGGUGGGCAGCUUGUAACAUCUACUCCACUCAGAAUGAAGUGGCAGCAGCUCUGGCAGAAGGAGGUUUCAGCGUAUUUGCGUGGAAGGGUGAGUCAGAGGAUGACUUCUGGUGGUGCAUCGAUCGCUGCGUCAACGUGGAAGGCUGGCAACCUAACAUGAUCCUGGAUGAUGGUGGAGACCUGACUCACUGGAUUUAUAAAAAAUAUCCCAACAUGUUCAAGAAGAUCAAGGGCAUUGUAGAGGAGAGCGUUACUGGUGUGCACAGGUUGUAUCAGCUGUCCAAAGCAGGAAAGCUGUGUGUUCCAGCAAUGAACGUCAACGACUCCGUCACCAAACAAAAGUUUGACAACCUUUACUGCUGCAGAGAGUCCAUCUUAGAUGGCUUGAAGAGGACCACUGACGUCAUGUUUGGAGGCAAACAGGUGGUGGUGUGUGGAUACGGAGAGGUUGGUAAAGGCUGCUGCGCUGCCCUCAAAGCGAUGGGCUCCAUCGUCUACGUCACAGAGAUCGACCCCAUCUGUGCCUUGCAGGCCUGCAUGGACGGCUUCAGGUUGGUGAAGCUCAGUGAAGUCAUCAGACAGGUGGACAUCGUCAUCACCUGCACAGGCAAUAAGAACGUGGUGGUGAGGGAUCACCUGGACCGCAUGAAGAACAGCUGCAUCGUCUGCAACAUGGGGCACUCCAACACCGAGAUCGACGUGGCGAGUCUGCGGACUCCUGAACUCACCUGGGAGAGAGUUAGAUCACAGGUGGACCAUGUCAUCUGGCCUGAUGGGAAAAGGGUAGUCCUGCUGGCAGAGGGCCGUUUGCUGAAUCUCAGCUGCUCCACCGUGCCCACUUUUGUUCUGUCAAUCACCGCCACAACCCAGGCUCUGGCUCUGAUAGAGCUCUACAAUGCCCCCGAGGGACGCUACAAGCAGGAUGUUUAUCUGCUGCCCAAAAAGAUGGAUGAGUAUGUGGCCAGCUUACAUCUCCUUACAUUCGACGCACAUCUCACAGAGCUGACUGACGAACAGGCCAAGUACCUGGGCUUGAAUAAAAACGGGCCCUUUAAGCCAAACUACUACAGGUAUUAAACAAGUGUGAUGGCCAAGCUGAGGAAAUAUCCAAACUCCAUAAAUCGCACGCACACAGGGAGCGGAGGAUAGAAGGAAGGACAAAUGGAAUAAUCAACACCUGCUUAACAUCUGGAGGAAGGAGACGGAGGUGUUUCCCUGCAUCGUGGUUUUAUUUAUUCACACCCAACUACAGUAAUAAUAAUAAUAAUAAUAAUAAUAAUAACUCAAACUGCUCCUUUAAUUUAGAUCUAGCUCCUCUUCUGUUCCUCAUUUCUCCAUCAUUCUCUUCCGUUUCCAUGGCAAUAUGUCCUUCACCUUGCCAUUUCUUUCAUUUUUUUAUCAAAAAAAUAUAAAAUGGACUCUUUAAAUAAAGUUGUGAUUUCAAAAGAAGAAAAUGAAGCAAAUGAAGAUGUUUGCUGUUUUGUCUUUUUCUACUUGUGAUUUCUGUUGUGUAUGAUUUGGAAAGGGGAGGGGCUAUACUCUGGCCGGGGUCUCAGGGUCCAAUCAUAUCUUGUGUUUUAUUUCAGCGAGAUUUGUUCUGUUUUUAAGUGUUCUUUUCCUUCUUUUUUUGUAAUGAAGCAUUCUGUUUCUUUGGUUUUCUCCUGGUAAAAGUGACUAGAUCUUUUCCUCCCAUCAGUGAAACCGUUUCAGUGGCUGCUGCUGCUUUUCUUUUCUUUCUGCUGCUCAAACCUGUCAGUGUUGAAGUAAGUAUUUCACCAUGACUUUCCUUCAAUAACAACCACCAUACUGUAUUAGAAGCAUGACAUUUUUUUCAAUCAUUACAGAAAUAUACUGUAUAUUUAGAUAUUUAAAUAGAUUUUAAGAAUAUUUUCUAUCUUUUACUGUUUGUUUCACCGUCUGAUAUCAUUAAUUUUGACCACAGAGAAGCAAUUAAAUGUCCUAAUAAUCUGUAAUAAACAAACUCCUACUCUUAUUUUGAAAACUGACACAAAAUGACGUUGAAGUGGAUUUCCUCUUUCAGGUUCUCUAUAAAAAGUAUGGUGCUGUUUUACUGUACUUGCCAUAAACACACAAACUCAGAAAUUAGUUUUUCGUCUCUUUGUAAGAAGCACAGUCGCUCUCGUCUCUGUAGUCAGCCUUUGUAGUGAGUUCCCAUCCACGUUUUAAAAGGUUUUAACUCCUGCACAAAGAUCUCUCAAAUGCUAAACACACCUGCAGGUGUGCCAGUUCUCAGCCGCACGGCAUGCUGGGAGAUGCCGCCACACCGCGAUGAUGCUGAAAUCAAACGCAUGUCUCAUCUGUUGGCUCACAGUCCAGAUGUGGAACCACCCUGUUCUGUGAUGCACAUGAAAAAACAAACGGUUUAACCUGCUGAAUGAACCUUCCCCAAAAGACAACAGUCUUUGCUAAUUUCUCCCAAAUUAAAUAUUCCCUUGGAACAUCGAAGACGUCAAAAAUGGAAUUUAAAGGUGUAAGAUAACCAAACAGAAAAUGAAUGCAACCAUGAAACUGUUUUUGUGUUCUCGUCUUUGUGCAGUUGAAAGUUUCCAUGCAAAUUGUGUCUUACACUCCCUGAUCUUUUCUGUUUGAAUGUGCAUUCAAAACAAGAUAAAUCCAAAGUGAUUAUGGGUGAUUUGUACGUUUCUGUCUAUGUGCAGUGUCUUUUUUUUUCUAUCUUGCGGGCCAUAGUUGCUUUUGUUAUCAGCUGCCUCAGGAUCCUAGCCUGUGAUGUAGAACUGUUAUUUUGUUUUUUGUUUUUUGUGGGUCAUAAGCUGAAUGACACGUUGUUAGGCGAGGGGGACACCAGCAUCGUAAGUGUAUUUACAUACUAUAUACAAAAAGACAAGUCAGAGUGUAUAGGAAGGUUAAACAGACUCCUGUAUUUAUUGAUGUAAAUCCUCAUUCAGUUCAAACUGACUAAAUUCUCUAAUAUGUUUAAAGUUGUCUAAUGAAAACUUGUUCUGUUAUUAAAAAUGAUCAUGUUAGAUGAUGAGCAAUAAUCUAAUAAUAAAUAAAAGGGUAAUAAGUGGAA